CGUCACGCAGGUACUCGUUGCGGGACGCGGAGCAGUCAAUAAAGGCACAGUCUCCCACCAGCGUCAAGUCUGCCCACUCCUCAUCCGCAUUUCAUUGUUUCUCCUGCUGUGUAACUUGUGGAGCGCCGCAUUCUCGCAGCCGGCAGCCGCCACCCGACAUCACUGUUGACUUCUAUCACUUCGCUCUUCUAUAUAUCACGCACUUCUUCCCCCCUUAACCUCGUCUCUCUUCCUACCUGCGUUCAUGCACCAUGUUUGAUCUCUUCUAUAGCUCCCUUCUUGGUGGUGCUGCCGUUGUUGUCGCUUUGGUCAUUCUUACCCUGAACAAACAACGCCGCGAUGUAGUCCUAGGUCGUCUGCAUAUCUCACGUCGGCGCAAUUCUGGUUCAAAUACUCCGCCACGCUCCCUAUCCCCAGAUAAGAAAGAGAAGAAAGAAGAUAUCAUUGACUUCACGAUACGCUUCCCGCCAUCUCGCCGCUUCACCUUGACUGGUGGAGAGAAGCCCGGGAAGACGGAAGCGCUUGAACGCCCCGCAUCCCAAACACCACUGCCUAUGAAAACAUCCUACCUAGACGCAGGGCCAGACAUCUACCUCCCCGCGGAGUUCUCGAUCGAGGAAAUCAAAGCGUUGGGUGACUUCCCGGACUAUGCCAAACUAAGUGGUGUACCCUUACCUCAGCCAUACCACCAAUUUGAUAUCAACAAAGCUCUUCCAAGACCGUACCGGCCUUUAAGAUGGGCCUAUCAUCAAACUAUGUCAUACAAAAAGAUGCAGGUUGACUGGUGGCUGGAAUUAGAGAACAACUACCGUUUACGAAUCAAACAACGGCAAGAUCUCUAUGCAGAGCACGGGAAAAAUGUUCUUGAUAGCUUGCCUGGGUCCGAGCUCGCGUGCAAGGAGUUGAUGGAGAUGUCGUUGCAGUUUCUUGUCGCCCGCUAUCCUCACUACUUCCGUUUGGACAAGGACAAGAUGAUCUUUCACAAUGCCAUCUUGAACACCGAGUCGCACCUCAAAACGACGGAUCCGCUAGAAGUUAUCCUCAACAAUAUCCCAGAAGACUUCGCCAUCAUGCUCCGAGAACCAGACACAGGCUACUACUUCUUCCGCGCUGGCGUGAUCUGUAGUUCGCUCGGCUGGGACCUGGGAUCCAAAAUGGGCAUGCAGCUUCACGAGAUCCAUGCCCCUAUUCCCGAUUAUGAGACCAUGCGAAAUUCCAUGGACAAAUAUUUCUCCGUCCUGCCCACCGACUUACCCAUCCAACGCGGCUCUUGGGGACUCGAAGUCGACGAACCCCUGUACAUGCCCCCGGGUCACCCUCACGAAAAACACCGCGACGUACAACACGCCGACCUCGACAUCACACGCUGUAAUCUGCGUGUCGACUGGCAGACCCUACGCCGCCUGCCGCUCUCUUCGGGUAUUGUCUUCAACUUUAAAGCCAUCUUCACCCCUGUACAGACAUUCCGCGAUGAGCCCUACGUCCCAGCUCUACUGCUUAAGAUAUUGAAGGAGGGGAAGAAAAGUCUGAUGGAAUAUAAGAACACAUGGCAUACGGAGCAUGUAGUUAUACCGAGCUUAGAGGAGUAUGCGAAAGAGCAGGUAGAGAGGGGGAUUGUGCUGGCGGACUGGGAGGUCGGGAGUUUGGAUGAGUAUCCAUGGUUUCCGGGAUGGGAGGAGAAGUGGCAUAAAGAGCAGGGGUAUUGAGUUGAAGAGCGAGGGAUGGGGGAGAAGUUUAGUUGUUUUGAGACAGUGGUGGGUUCGGACUGGCAGAACACCCUUUGAGGUGUGUUUCAGCAAUGAGGCAAGGGGGUGACGAAAACACCGUCGUGUUUUGAGAUAUGGUCCGACCGCAUGAUGGUAUGACUGACCACUAGUGAAGUACGUCGGGGCACGCCUCGGAGAUUGGCGGUUCUUGUUAUAGAGCACCAUGCAUAGCGCAAACGACAUAGGGAGCAUCGGAGUUGACGGUAUUGGGAUAGGCAUCUUAUAUCAAUUCCAAAGCAUGGACGAUGUCAGCCGUCACGAGUUGACUAAUAAAUCUCACAUGGUU